AUGUCGCCCCCAUCGUCCUCCCACAGCAGACCGACCACGCAAUCUUCUCGACACCGCACUUCCACGCCACAGCUCGUGAGUGAUCCAUCCGUCGAUGAAGUCGACCUCACCGCCGUGGAUGACCGUGCAAGCCUCUCCGCUGCCCUUUCCAAACAGCGUGAGGAUGCCAUUCUAGCGCAAAAUCCAGGGACAGAAGCAGGCCGGACACCGCUUACCGCGUACAAGUGUCCAGUGUGUAUGGACACGCCGACCGAUGCUACUUCUACUGUAUGUGGGCAUGUGUUCUGCCACCGGUGUAUAGUAGAUACCCUCAACUGGUCUAUCGACCAACGUAGGGAAGAUGCACCAGCGCACCGCAAAGUCAAAGGUGUAUGUCCCGUAUGUCGGAAACCUCUGGAUCUCAAGGACACGCCUGGUACGGGACGGAGCCUGGUCCCACUCGAACUGCGGCUGUUGGUGAAGAAGAGGAAACGGGACGGGGACGCCGACACCGGCAAGGCAAAGGUGACAUCCAUGGUCAAGGCCGAGAGGUCAAGUGAUGACGAAGAGGUGCGCAGCGGCAAGGCGAGGGCUGGAAAGGCACGGAAAGGAGAACGCGAGUCUACCGAGGAGGCGAUAUGGAGGGUGUUUACGAAUGGUACGGAUAACGACAACACCUAG